UGCAGGCGACGCCAGCGGCGGCAGCGCAGCGAAAGCAAAGGAAAAAUCUCCAGCCGGACGCCCCAGAAUCCCCGCCAUGGAGCCAGAACUUUUACAGGUCGAGCUGUGACGAACACCCUCCCCGUCGUCCCCAAGUCCUCCAGCAGAACAGGCUUUGCAUUUCCCGCUGCAGGCAGGAGGACAGGAGUUGCAAGCAGCAGCAGCAGCAGGUGCAGAAAGGCAGCGGUCUCCUGCUUCGUGGAACUGUGACCCGUGGAAUUUCUUUCCUUUUUCCAGUCCCACGCAGUAGAGACGCUGUCUCCGGAUUUCAGAACUCAAAUGCUUCCUGAUGCUUGCAAGUGGAGGAAUUCAGAGCCAUAAGAAGCAGACCGCGCAUCUAGAAGCCUUUACCUUCUGAGCGCCAACUCUCCUGCGUGCAAGGAAAGAGUUCUGCCCAGAGAGAGCCCGCAGACUUCCUGUGUUUAAGCAGGACUCUGACCCCAGCCUCAGCUUCAGGGCCUGCUGCGAAGACGAAGUGUGUGCAGAGAGGAGGGCUUGACCAUUUAGCAGAGGAAUGGAUAACGUCCUCCAGGUAGACUCAGACCUCUUCCCAAAUAUCUCCACCAACACCUCGGAGCCCAAUCAGUUCGUGCAGCCAGCCUGGCAAAUUGUCCUUUGGGCAGCUGCCUAUACGGUCAUUGUGGUGACCUCUGUCGUGGGCAACGUGGUGGUGAUGUGGAUCAUCCUGGCCCACAAGAGAAUGAGGACAGUGACUAACUACUUCCUGGUGAACCUGGCUUUCGCAGAGGCAUCCAUGGCAGCCUUCAACACAGUGGUGAACUUCACCUACGCUGUCCACAAUGAGUGGUACUACGGCCUCUUCUACUGCAAGUUCCACAACUUCUUCCCCAUCGCUGCUGUCUUCGCCAGCAUCUACUCCAUGACGGCUGUGGCCUUUGAUAGGUACAUGGCCAUCAUCCACCCCCUCCAGCCCCGGCUGUCAGCCACGGCCACCAAGGUGGUCAUCUGUGUCAUCUGGGUCCUGGCCCUUCUACUGGCCUUCCCCCAGGGCUACUACUCAACCACAGAGACCAUGCCCAACAGAGUGGUGUGCAUGAUUGAAUGGCCAGAGCAUCCCAACAAGAUUUAUGAGAAAGUGUACCACAUCUGCGUAACUGUGCUGAUCUACUUCCUCCCCUUGCUGGUGAUUGGCUAUGCAUACACAGUAGUGGGAAUCACCCUGUGGGCCAGCGAGAUCCCUGGCGACUCCUCUGACCGUUACCACGAGCAGGUUUCCGCCAAGCGCAAGGUGGUCAAGAUGAUGAUUGUCGUGGUAUGCACCUUUGCCAUCUGCUGGCUGCCCUUCCACAUCUUCUUCCUCCUGCCUUACAUCAACCCUGAUCUCUACCUGGAGAAGUUUAUUCAGCAGGUCUACCUGGCCAUCAUGUGGCUGGCCAUGAGCUCCACCAUGUACAACCCCAUCAUCUACUGCUGCCUCAAUGACAGGUUCCGUCUGGGCUUCAAACAUGCCUUCCGGUGCUGCCCCUUUAUCAGUGCCGGCGACUACGAGGGGCUCGAAAUGAAAUCCACCCGGUACCUCCAAACCCAGGGCAGCGUGUAUAAAGUCAGCCGCCUGGAGACCACCGUCUCCACCGUGGUGGGGGCCCAUGAGGAGGAGCUAGAGGAUGGUCCCAAGACCACACCCUCAUCCCUGGACCUCACCUCCAACGGUUCCUCUCGCAGUGACUCCAAGACCAUGACCGAGAGCUUCAGCUUCUACUCCAACAUGCUCUCCUAGACCCCAGGUCUUCAGCAGGGGCAGCCACCACCAUCUGUGUCUUGCUUCACUUCAUGCAUGGAUAAUGCCUUGAUCUAGAAACCAUCAGAAACAUCCUCACGUUGAGGCUUGUGAAAAAGGUCAGAAUGUUUUAGGGAAAGCAUCCCACCCUGAGUUAAAAAACAAAAACAAACAAACAAAAAAAAAACUGGAUUCUUCUAUGACUUUGCCAUCCCCCAUGCUGUGUGACCCAAGGCAAAUCAUUGAACUUCCCUGAGCUUGUAAAAUGGCAAGGUAGGGCUUAAUAUUCCCUGCAAUCCAUUCCAUGAUUCUAAAAUUAACUUUGGUUGUAUGUGGGGGUUCAUUCUAGGAUGAUUCCUGUAGCACCUGGAUUUGCCCAGAUCCCCUGCCUGACCUGAGUGAAGCUGUCCCCAGUCAGGCUCAGAUUACCCUCUUUUAGCUGGUGGAGCACAUCAUCACAUCCACCUUCACUUGACAGGGUGAACAAAAGAAGGAACUGCACAAAAUCUGAAGGCAAGAUUUAACUCCGUCUUCUAAGCAUCUAUGAAAAGGAAGCAUGGAUGCCUUCCUUUAGGCACCUCAGUAUUUCAGUGCAUAGAAACAUCUUGAAGUUGAGAACCUCAGGUUCAUCUGUGUUAUGUCCCGAGGGACUGUGGUGAACACCAGUACGGCAGGUUAUGUCCACUAAUGCCAGCUAGUAUCUGCUACAUACCAAGAGUCGAGAGGCCUGCUCCAUACUUAAUCUAUCUGAGCCUCUUUACUUAUUUUUUUUUAAUUUUUAUUUA